AUGAAUACUUUUCUACAUUGUGGAGCAGGAGAGCUUGUAGUAGAACAAUGCAAUGCAGUAUAUCGUGCAAUGUGCGAUCUAGAGUGGUACGAGUUAGAAUCAAGUAAAGCAAGAAGUCUUAUUUUGUUAAUGGUACGAGCUAAAUAUCCUUUUUAUAUCACUGCAGGAAAUAUUUUUCCACUAACAAUGACUACUUUUUGCAGCAUAUUAAAAUCAUCGAUUGGCUAUAUAUCAUUCCUAUUGACAAAACAUGGUUGA